AUGGAGGAUGCAGCAACCAGGCGAUCUCUGAUAAGUCUCAAAGUUAACGCCCUCGGCCACCGGCGUACCACGGAGGCACCUAGUCUGUUUUUUGACCCUCUUGGUUUGUUUUUGACUCUCUGCGGCUACUCUCUUCCCCUCCCAUUCCCCAUUCCUCCCAUGCCCGCCGAGCCCCGACGCCGACGCCGCCGCCUCGGUGGCCGUGGACAAGGACCUGGUAUCCGAAACCCAUGCAGACCAAGGCCGCAUGUAAUUUCCUCGCACUCUAGGGCAGUGGCAAAGAGGAGACCAGACUGGCCACAGGGGCGGGUAACUCGUCUGUCGUUGAAGCGGAGGGCACAAAAGGGACUGAGGGGCGAGGGCCAAGGUGGUGGUGACCCCGACGGCGAGGGGGGCGAAAGAGCGAAACAAUACCUCGCACACACUCUCACACGCUGCGCAACAGACAGGUCAGGAUGUGCCUGGUUCGCUGCCACCAUCUGGACCUCCGAGAUCUCUGCUUUGGCGGCCACUAAUGCACCGCUACUCGACCACCCAAGUACCGUCUGGUACAACGACAGCAAAGGGACCGCCAUGGCACAUGAGGGACGACGAGGAACCAGCCCACCCCCCUCCCCCUCGAGCGCCGAGCCCUGGGGCCGGAAAUGCAGGAAGAGCUGCCCAAGGUACCUGUCAUGCUACUGCUGCUACCGCUACCGCUACCGCAGCCGACAGAGCGGAAAGUAUCAGGGCCUGGUGUCCGGUGCUCGUCCAUCCGUUGCACGCAAAAUGGGCGGCCCUGUUGGUCGGCCCUAG